AUGAUCCUGACAGGUCGCAGCUUGUGUCUUCCUUCUCCAGCCACUGUCCAGGAGCUGUUCUCUGUGGCUCGAGACGCCAGUAUCAUCCCUGAUAUCUCCUUGGAUCCGGUUCUCACCACCUUCUUGUCGCUGGACUCCUCUGCAGCACUGGAGCAUCAAUAUGCUUUCUUACAGCGGAGCAUGAGCAGGGAGCAGCAGACCAAAUUCAACCUCAGCCUGACUAGAGAGCUGGGAGGCAGCAGCAGGGUCACCUAUGGAGGAGUAGGGGUGGUUGCCUUGGCUCUGUCCAUGCUUUUUGACCAGGUUGCCCAACAAGUCCGAGCACAAGGUUCAACAGAGGGGGACCUGUCAACUCAGAGAUCCCAGGUUGAGAAGAUUUUUGGCAUCAGUAGUUCUUCGAGAAUUGGCUGGAUUAUCCACAGCUACCUCUGCCUGAUCCCUGGCAUUGCCAACGAUGAGGAGAAGAUGGCUCAGACUACAGAGCUCUAUGACAGCUGGCUGAAACUUGAGCUGAUUGACCAUUAUGAGAGGAUGACCACUAAAAAAAGAAUGAGUUCGGUGUCCAUGCAGCAGUGGUUGACAGGAGCUGCAUUUCAUCUGCACAUGAGAAUCCAUCAGGUCCGGCUGAACUCUGUGCCUUUAGGAUCAGUACUGUCACUGCGACUGUCUUAUAAGACGGGGUUAAAACGCUUGGUUCAGGGCUACAAUGCCUAUCUACGCAGAAAUAUCCAGGAGAUUGUAGCUCCAGGUCCACAAAAACCCAAAACUAGGACAACGAGUGGACCAAGACAAACUAACAUAUCUAGCAAAACCAAUAUGACCUGCUCAAGUAAUCACCUUUUUAAUGUUACUCUGGUUAAUGCAAGUAUUGCAACUGAUAGAUUUAAUGAGACUACUGCACCCAGUUCAACUUCUGAAAUAAGCAGAAGCUGUAAAAUGCAUGGAUUGAGAGAAAACUUUAGAGUAGAGAAUGUGUCAAAAGGAAGCAAUGCAACGGCUGAAGGUGUGGUAAACAGAGAGAGACUCACCAGUUUGACUGGAUAUAGCAGGGAGGAGGAAGCUGGCACGAUGGGCCUGUUAGUCAUUGAGCCAUGGAGGAAUGUGAGUCACAAUGUGCAGCACCACCCCUGUGAGUCUCCAGCCAUACAAGAAGCUUUGGUGACUCGUAUCAUAAAUGCACAGGACCUGGAGCAGAAUAGAAACUUUUUCCUGUACCCUGAGAAAGUUUUACACAGCCUGCUCACGCAGAGGAAUGACUUUGAGUUAAAGACAAAUUAG